GGGCUCAAGCUGUCAUCUGAAGUCUCGACGUGCUGCCGACCGACGUCCCUCUGGCAGGCGCCGUCGCCCCCCCCCAGUGGCGCGAUGACAGGAUCGCAGUUUCCGGGCGGCAUGAUGGGAGGCUGCGGCAUGGCGCCGGGCCAGAUGCAGAUGAUGCAGCAGCAGCAGAUGCAGCCGCAGUACCAGGCUUGGGAACAGCCGUCUUACGGCAUGCAGAUGGGCGGGUAUCAGCAGGGAGGAUGUGGAGGGUACCCCGCGGCAGGCCCUUCUGGAGGCUUCCCGAGCAUGCAGGACUUGGCCAAGGACACCACCUCGGGUGGAAGCGCGGCUACGGUUCAGGACAACGAGGUGAAGGUCAUCGACCCACGGGGGCAGCUGGUGCACAAUCACAUGCGUUUCGCCACCUUCCAGGAGGUGCCCUUCCCCUCCAGCAUUAAGGACCGCCUGCUGCAGGCUGGCUUCCCUGCGCCCUCGCAGGUCCAGCAGUAUUGCUGGCCCUUGGCGGUGCAGCAGUACGACGUGAUUGGCGUCGCGGCGACGGGCAGUGGCAAGACCUUGGGGUUCCUCCUGCCCUGCUUCACCUGGAUGCUGGAGAAGCGCGUCUCGGACCGGGAUCCGUCCAUGCUGGUGCUGGCGCCCACGCGCGAGCUGGCGGUCCAGAUCCAGGACGAGUCCCAGAAGUUCGGCAGCUCCAGCGGCCUGCGCACGACUUGCUGUUACGGGGGCGCCCCCAAGCACGAGCAGCUCCGCGAGUUGCGCUCGGGAGUCCACGGCAUCAUCGGAACCCCCGGGCGCGUAAACGACUUCUUGGAGGGCGGUCAGCUGCGCCUGGAGCGGGUGGAGAAGCUCGUGCUGGACGAGGCGGACCGCAUGCUCGACAUGGGCUUCGAGCCGCAGAUCCGCAAGAUCCUGGCCAAGAUUCCUCGGCAGCGCCAGACGCUAUUCUUCACCGCCACCUGGCCCGCGAGCAUCCGUCGCCUCGCCAGCGAGUUCUUGCGCGAUGCCUUCCAGGUCCAGAUCGGCAACCGGGACGAGCUGAAGGGCAAUCAGGACAUCACGCAGAUCAUCAAGCCUUGCAGCGCGCACAACAAGAACACGAUGCUGAUGGACGUCCUGCGCCAGGCGGGGGUGGCGGACCGCGCAAACGCGGCGGCCAAGGGCAUCGUGUUCUGCAGCACGAAGCGCAUGUGUGACCAGCUCUCCCGCGAUCUGAGCCAGAAGGGUGUGCCAUGCGCCGCCAUCCACGGAGACAAGGGCCAGCGGGAGCGGGAACAGGCGCUCGGUGACCUCAAGGAGGCGCGCAUCAAGCUGCUGGUGGCCACCGACGUCGCGGCACGAGGCCUAGACAUCAAGGGCAUCACGCUGGUGGUCAACUACGACGUGCCUUCGAACACCGAGGACUACGUGCACCGCAUCGGCCGUACUGGGCGCGCGGGGCAGAAGGGCUACGCGGUGGCCCUGAUUUCGGACCGCGACGCGCACGCGCUGCGGGGCAUAAUAGAAGUGAUGAAGCGCACGAACCAGGAGGUCACGCCGGAGAUCGAGCGCAUGGCCGCGAACGCCGGGCCGCCGCCGCCGUCUGGUCGCGCGCUGCGCAAGGGCGGGGGCAAGGGCGGCGGCGGCGGCGGCGGCUCCUUCGGCGGCUCCUUCGGCGGGGGCGGCGGGCGCGGCAGGAGCCGCAGUUAUGACAGGAGCCGCAGGCGCAGCCGCAGCCGCAGUCGCGGGCGACGCUGAGGAAUGGCCCAGAGGAGGAGGAGGAGGAGG